AUGAGGAGUUGGGGGGUAUUCGAGUUUAAGGUUUUCUCUUACAAGAUGGACCGGUUGGCGCCUCUUGCUGGGUUGCUGCUUUUGGCUCGGCCAAUUGCUGGUGCUGCUGCCAAUGGGUCUUCUUCGCUUUCGUUUGCUCAGCCGACUGGAUAUAGCACUUCUAGCUACAAUGCUUCUGCACAACCUACUCCUUUUACCCGAACCGACUACUCGCACAAUGCACUUGCGGCGCUCUGGGAUCAAGUAGGGCCUGUUGUCACGGGUACGGUUACAACGACUGUUGAACCGACUCUCGAGCCAUCCGUAUAUCCACAGCCAGACCCGCGUUACUACCAUGCCCUGGUCGGUACUGGGUACCCCGAAACUGAGGGUCUGAAGUUACCCAAGAACUUUGUCUGGGGAUUGAGUUCUUCGGCAUAUCAGAUUGAAGGAGCUGCUAAGGAUGAGGGCAAAGGGCCCAGCAUCUGGGACCUACUCUCACAUCGCGUGCCCAACUUUGUGGCGGACAAUACGACUGGUGAUGUUGUUGCUCAGCAUUACUAUCUGUACAAGCAGGAUUUUGCUCGACUUGCAAAGUUGGGUAUCAAGGCAUUUAGUCCCAGUUUCUCGUGGCCAAGAUUCUUUCCCUUUGGCAAUGGGCCUGUCAACGAGGAAGCAGUUGCACAUUACGAUGAUGUGAUUGCGACUAUGCAUGCCAAUGAAAUUCACCCUUCGGUGACGCUCUUCCACUGGGAUACUCCACUCGCAAUCUUCAACGAGUACGGCGGAUGGACGGACCGCCGCGUUGUAGAUGACUUUUUCAACUACGCCAAGUUUGUCAUCACUCGCUACGAUGCGUUUGUCGACGAGUGGUUCACCAUCAACGAGCCCCAGUACUGCAACUGGCAAUAUGCAUCUUACCCAGCUGGCGAGUACUAUCCGGCGCCUAACGGAGUCUGGCCUGGCAUCAAAGCCCGCUUCUUGUGCGGCCACUACACGCUGCUUGCCCACGCCAAAGUCGCAAAAUGGUACCACGAGGAAUUCAAGGGCCGUGGCCGCAUCACGUUCAAGAACAGCGGCAACUACUACGAGGCUAACAGCACAAAGCCCGAAGACGAAGUUGCCCGGCAACGCAACUUUGACUUUAGCAUUGGAUGGUUUGGAGGUUGCUGGACUGACGGCGACUACCCGCAAUCCCUCAAAGACACCCUUGGUGACCUCUUGCCCGAGUUUACACAAGAAGAAAAAGACUUGAUCAAGGGCUCAUGUGACUUCUACGCCAUUGACCCUUACUCGUCGUUUGUAGCCUUUGAAGUCAACGGCGGCCUCGAGGCCUGCACUAGCAACCGCUCUCACCCUUCGUUCCCUGACUGCGCUGGCUCCGCAAGCAUAGCUCCCAAUGGCUUCCCCAUUGGACCCGCAGCUGACCCAGCCAUGUCAUGGUUCUACUCUGCACCUGCAGGAGUACGCCGCUACCUCAAGCACAUUACUCAAGUCCUCUUCCCCUCCAUCCCUGACAUCGUCGUCAGCGAAUUCGGCUUCGCAGAGCCAUUCGAAGCGCAGUGGAGCAACAUCAACGCCGCACUUUGGGAUCUCAAGCGCGCGGACUACUAUCAGCAGUACCUAGAUAACAUCUUGCUCUCGAUCCAUGUCGAUGGUGUCAAUGUGACGGGCGCGUGGGGAUGGUCGAUAUAUGAUAACUUUGAGUGGCUGCUGGGUACCUCGGUUAGGUUUGGGCUGCAGUAUGUGGAUUAUGAGAGUUUGGAGCGGUAUCCCAAGGCGAAUUACAAAGCCCCCCUUCUGGCAACAGGCUGCCACGAAUCCAUCUCCGCGCCAUCUGCGGGUAAACCAAGCCCAGUCUUCGUCCUGGCAGACGAAACCUCCCCAGACUUUCCCUCCCCAAUCGCCGCCGACCGCCCAUCCACUCCGCCAUCCCCCGCUUCUUCUACUUCCCCAGUCAUCUCUGCCCCCUCCACUCUCCCCGGUCCCACCACCAACAUCCUUCCGUCCCAACGAACUCCAGCCGGAAAGCGCAGGUACAGCUUCUCCGACAGCGACGACCACAACGACCACGGCGACCAAGACCCUCUUUCGCGCACCGACCGAGGCAGGCUAACCCGCCACACCUCGAAGCGCAGGCGCAGACUCGACGGGACCAUGCGCCUUGAUAACGACGACUCAAAGACAUCACAAUCGCCCUCGCGAAACUUUACAAACGGUUCGUCACAAUCCUCGGCACCCAGGUCGCCGCUGGGCAAGCAUGCGAAUGGUGGCUCCCACAACCGGACUGAGAGCAAUGGCUCCUACACGAAUGGAGGCCCGGUAGCGAACGGAGGAGCAUCGGUUCCGGCGACCUUUUUCGGUCACGACAGGGAAGAAGUAACGCGGAUACUCAUACAAAGUCUGACCGACUUGGGAUAUCACAAUGCAGCAAGCGCAUUGUGUAAAGAGAGUGGUUUUCAGCUCGAGGGCCCCACGGUUGCAGCAUUCCGGAGCUCGGUUUUGAACGGUGAUUGGGAAGAGGCAGAAGAGUUAUUAUUUGGCUCGAAUGCAAAUGAUAACGGAGGCGGCGUUGGUUUGGAUGCUUCGUAUGGAAAGCCGUGGGGAAAGUCAAGGUCAAAAUCGGGCUCGCGGCAAUCUGCGGGUCUGACGCUCGCUGAGGGUGCCAAUCGGGAAGUUAUGCUGUUUUGGCUGAAGCAGCAAAAAUAUCUGGAAUUGCUGGAGCGAAGAGAUCUUUCAAAAGCGCUUCAAGUACUCCGACAAGAGUUGACGCCACUUCAUCAAGAUGUGGGCAGGUUACACGCUCUUUCAGCUUUUAUGAUGUGCCAAUCUGCUGAAGAUUUGAGACAUCAGGCUCAGUGGGAUGGUGCUCGCGGCGAGUCGCGAAUGCAUCUCCUUUCAGAUCUGUCGAGGUCGAUUUCGCCCAGUGUUAUGAUUCCAGAACACCGGUUAGCCGUAUUAUUAGACGAGGUAAAAGACAGCUGGAUUGCUAAUUGCUUGUACCACAACACGGCCGCGUCACCCUCGCUCUACCUAAAUCACAAUUGCGAGAGAGACGAUUUUCCUACAAAGGCUGUACUUGAUCUGAGACAUCACAAGGACGAGGUGUGGUUUUUGCAGUACUCGAAUGAUGGCACCAAGCUGGCGUCGACGAGCAAGGAUUGCACAAUCAUCAUCUACGAAACGAGCACAUAUAGGGUGCUACACCAAUUAGACGAACACCGAGAUUCAGGUGUUACUCAUCUUGCGUGGAGUCCUGAUGAUACCAAGAUUGUGACAUGCUGCUCUCAACCAGAGAAUUCUGCGAGGAUAUGGGACGUCAAGUCGGGUGCAUGCAUACAAUGCAUUAGUGACUUUACCUAUCCAUGCACAACAGCAGCAUGGGACCCAUCCGGCACACGCGUAAUCAUCGGAUCGCAAGACGACCGCAUGGGCUGUGGAAUCUGGGAUCUCAACGGGGACCUCAAGCACAACUUUUGCGACGGCGGCGCAAGGCUCCGCGCAAACGACAUUGCAGUAUCGCCAAACGGCGAGCGCCUCGUCAUCAUCACCGAAAGCUCAAUAGCAGUGUUUGACUUUGUCAGCUACGAGAAGAUCGCCGAGUUUCAACUCGACGAUGUCAAACUAACCAGUGUGAUGAUCAGCCAGGACUCGCGCCACAUGCUCGUCAGCAUGAGUCCCGAUCAAAUCAAACUCAUGGAAAUCGACACUGGCGACGUCAUCCAGCGUUUCGAGGCGCACGUCCAGAAACAGUUCAUCAUCAGAUCUGCCUUUGGCGGUGCCGAUGAAAACUUUGUCGUUAGCGGCAGCGAGGACUCGAGGAUAUACAUCUGGCGCUCUAACGGUCUCCUCAUCGAAGCCCUCGAUGCCCACCCCGGCUGCGUCAACAGCGUAGCCUGGCACCCCAAAGACCCGACUACCUUCGCCUCGGCUGGCGACGACAUGCGCGUCAAGAUUUGGAAACCUGCGUCUGCCUCGCCAAUACCGACGGAUCAUUCUGGCUAUGAACGGUAG